UUUGUAAAUAGAAUUUCCAUAAGAGUUUAUAAACAUAUAAUAUACAUACAACCCAUUUUCUACACAACUCAUUCCUUUACCUCCCACCUCUAUAAAACCCUUCGCCCUCUCUUCCUCUUCACUUCAAAACCACUUCACACAUAACACAUAUCUCUUUCUCUCUCUCUCUCAAAACAUUUUAUUUUUAUCAUUUCCACUAGCAAAAAAAAGAUAUAUAUAUCCGGAAAAAAAAUCAAAGCAAAGAUCAUGAACACAGUUCCUGCGGAGCUCACCGGAUACUUCCAAUAUGUAGCGCCGGGAAAAUAUAAUAACCAAACACCAAUCAUGGAGUCGGAAUACUUCAACAUGCACUCUUCUCCUACUUCUUCCUCCUACUACAUCAACGGUCUUAUUAACAACAACAACUUCUACUCUUCAUCAUCCAAUGGUCAGGAUCUAAUGACGAGCAACAACUCAGCAUCAGACGAAGAUCACCAACAAAGCAUGGCCAUCGAUGAGAGAAAACAAAGAAGGAUGGUCUCUAACAGAGAAUCUGCUCGUAGGUCAAGAAUGAGAAAGCAGAGACAUCUCGAUGAGCUUUGGUCUCAAGUGAUACGACUUCGUACUGAUAACCACUGUCUUAUCGAUAAGCUAAACAACGUAUCCGAAAGCCAUGAGCUUGCUUUGAAGGAGAACGCUAAGCUUAAAGAGGAAACUUCUGAUCUCAGACAACUACUCUCUGAGAUAAAAUCCAACAACGAAGACGACAACAAUUUUCUAAGAGAUCUUGAAGAUUCGAUAUCAAACACUAGAUCGGGUUCGGACCAAAGGGGCAGGGAUUUUGAGUUGUAUUAAUUAAUGAUCUUGAUUAAUGUUCUGCUUGUGUCAAGAAUGCAGAUUUCAUAAUAUAGUAUUAUAUGUUAUAUAUAAAAUAUAAAUAAAUGUCUUUUUCCCAAAAUAAAUAAAUGUGUUUUUCUUUUAGCCAACUUGGAUUAUUAAGUAUAAAUUUCUUAUAGUAUUAUGAUAUAAAAUAUAAAUAAAUGUCUUUUUGCCAAAAUAAAUAAAUAUGAAUUAAUUCCACUGUGGGACAACAGUUUUACCGGAUGGUUUAUAAUAUUUUAUAAACGUACCUAUGUUUGAGUCGACACGAGAUUUUGGUUAGUUAAAUGUAACUUUCAAGAAAAUACAAUAUAUACUUCUUUUAUUUAUUUCCGUACUCUAAGUUAUGUUUUUAUAUGAUUGUAUGAAGGUAUGCCUUAGUUACCAAUAAUUUUGUUGGUUAGGAGUGGAGUCUGCUAAACUUUUUUGAGUGGAAUUUAAACCAUCAAAUUGGAAUAAACUCUUGAAAUAAGUUCGAUUAUCCAUAUAUUAAACGUUUUAUGACGAUAUAUAUUAAAUCUUAACAAUUUCAGUUCGCCGCAUAAACAGACUUGCAUCAUUAAAAACAUUCAUGGCAAACAGAGAUUUAAGAAGAAAUCGAUUACAAUGGUGGAACUCUUUUUAAUCAACCAUUUAAUCAUUAGCCACUUUUAUAUAUUUUGGCCAUUUAUACAUCAUUAAUUUGACUUUGACAAACCACCUAUAAAUUGUUUCUUCAAAUGCUGAAUGAAUAUUCAUCCGAAACAAAACACAUCAAAGUCAAAUGAAAAGAUGUACAUCAUAAAACACUAGCGAAUAUAUACUGAACUGAACCCCACUAAAUAUUUUAUUUGUAUUCUCUACUUAAUUUGAUUUUUCUGCUUUCUGUUUUCAUAGGUUGGAGAUGGAAUUAUAAGCUUUGACUUUUAUGGAGGAUCGUUCAUUGUAGUUAAUAACUUGUAAAGAUCAUUUAAAGAUUCACGAUGAAUAAAGAUAAUCACAUUAAUUAAGAGAACAACAAAUAAUGUGUGCCUAACAAAGUAACAAUGUGUUUAAUUAUCUAGCAAAAAAAAAAAAACAUUGUGACUAAUUAUAACACGAAAAUAAAGCAUGCUUAUAACAUUUUAAGCUGUAUUUUCUUCUAUAAAUGGAUUCAUCUUUGACUGCAUGUGCUUUCUGUGUGUGUGUUUAUAUAAGAUCUUUUGUCAACUGUUGAGAAUAAGACUGCUUAAAAAUGGUGGAUAUGGUUGUUGAAUGGAAUAGAACAAAGGGAGGUGGAGGCUCCUGGUGAUAGUGGCAUAGUGCCUCUGCCAAAAAAAAGUAUAUAAAAAUUGGAGACUAAUUUCUACAA